AUGCAGUGCUCAUCGACGGAAGGGACCUCCACAAGCGACCGCGAGCUGUCUGCUAAUGUGCCUCUGAAGACUGCGAGGACGCACAUCCCACGCAGCAGUCCUCUCUGCUCAGUCGUGACACACUGCCCGCAGGCGUGGCGCUGCCUCUCCGUCGGCUGCUUCGACGAGGCCAGCAGACUAAGCCACGCUAACAACGACGUGCUCUGCUGGGUGGCGUCGCUCACUAUGUGCGGGGAUACGGUGCUGGCGCUCAAGACGGUGGAGGCGUACGUCAUCGCCAUGUCGGUGGUGGCGCACGAGCGACGAUUGCGGCCGGGUGAACUCGAUGAACGGCUUGUGCAGCGCGCCACUGAGAUCAUGGUGAGCUGGCUGAGAAGCCCGAAGGCGGCGACGAAGGUGAUCGGUAAGAGCUGGCAUGCGGCGGACGAGGAGUGCCGCGCCGCGGUGCUGGACGCGUGUGACGUCGUUGACUGGGAUGGGGUACACCGCUGGUUCCUCAUUGCGCUCUUCCUGCAUGAUAAGGAGUACAAGCCGCCAAAUGUGACGUGGUUUCGGUACUUCUUUGCGCUCUUCACGGAGGAAAACGCCACCGCGCGUGCUCGCCCAGUGCGGGCGGUGAAGGCGCUGAAGCAGCGGAGGGCGGUUCUGCAGCCACUGACGACCAACGAGGUGGAGGACAUCCUUCUUUCGUACUGCACCAAGUUUGACAUGGAUCUCAUCUCCACUAUUACGGCGUGGAAGACGCGACAUUUCCGCAGCGCCAUUUCCUCCGCCACCGCCUUCUUAGGUGUAGAGGAUGAGGGGUUCAUGAUCACAGAUAUGCACAUGCGGAUCAUGGCGCGCUUCAUCCGCUGCAUGUGCCUGAUUGAAAUUGGCGAGCGUACGAUGGCAGCCAACGAUGCGCUUGAGUUACUUCGGUGCGAUGAUGAAUUUGUUAUGACGGUGGGAAGUAGUAUUUCAGCGUUUCUUGUUCCAGUUCCACAAGCAGUUGAUGUUGUGACAUCUUAUAAAGGACCUAUACCACAACGCCGCUACGCCCAUGCACUCUGUGAGUACAUUCAUGCUUUGACACUCGUUCAGCUGGGCUCGUUAAAGGCUGCAGUGAAAAUCAUACAAUUGGUCAUCCCACUUGCUCUCGACCACGACGUGGGUGAAUGGCUGCUCGAUCUACUCACCAUUGCAUGUACAGGGCUGGAGGAUUCGGCGACAAUUCUCAAAUACCCAUUAUCACCACAGCGGCAGCUGUACAUCGCCAUGUGCCCCGCCUUUUUUGGCGGUUUUGGGCGUGAAUGCGCAAAGUUGCACACACACACACCAGCAGGGCGGUUGCUGUACCCCAAAAAACUUCUGACAUACGUUUCGCUGCGACAGUCAUUGCCGUACUAUAUGAACCGCACACACUACCAAAUCGCUCAACAAAAGUACAUUGAGGCGUGGGAGCAGGUUUGUCUUGCGGUCGGCUGCGCGGAGGAGAUCGUUGGCUCCGUUGAGUUCGCCUUCACGGAAUGCUCUCCAUUGUGUGCGUACUAUCUUGGUUGCACCGUUGGGGUGGAGGUGCUGCAAAGACUGCUGGAGGUUAUGAUGACGAGGGAGGCGGUGGCGAAUGGGGUCGAAGGCGGCAGCACUGCUGAGAUGCUGCAGGAAGAGGGGGAUUUGCUUGGUGAAGAGGUUCUGCGCAAGUGCCUGGAGUGGGCACAGCGCAUUCGGCAAUUCCACCCCAAUGCUCGAUUAGGGAGUGUGGCAUUGUCGCAGUACUUCAACAUGUCUCGCAAGGAACAGUUCAUCAGCCGUGCUAUUUGCCUUGCACGUCGCUACCCGCGCUGCGUGUUGGCGCAAAACUGUCUUACACUUGCGCUUUACGCCAACCACCACAUUCCAGAGGCGGUGGAUCAGGCAGCAAGGACGCUGGAGACUUUUCCGCACUCCCGUGAGGUUGUUGCCGUGCACCGCAGCAUUGCGCAAAAGGACGGUACCUAUAUUUUCAAUUACCGCACUCUUUUUCCGGUUCGCUACGCCCCUGGGUCGCAGCGUGUGUGGACAAAACGGAUGAUUGUGGUGAUGGUGCUGCUGUUCGUGAACACUAUCAUUUUUUUGGUGACGCUCCUUGUGAACAUGUCGAACUGGCUCACGUACCCGGAGUCGAUUAAGGAGUUGGCCAUUCGUCUGCAACUUCCCUCUGUGUUCCCGCUUCUCUACGCUUUCUUGGUCGUUUUUUACGCCAUACUGGCUGGCUUGUCACCGCGUAACCUCACUCGAACAAUGAUGCAAGAUCUUUUCUUCAGUGACACCCGUAUGAAUCGCUUUCUUUUUGCCUUGCGCGGGAUAGCGUUUGUGAAUACUUUUAACGCGAUGCAGAUCACCCUUGCAGGAAACAAUUUUCUCUUCGACUCCAAUUGGUAUACCUUUUUCCUGUAUUUGGUCAUCGCCUGCGUUUUUGUGCCUUUCACUACACGAGUGUGGUUCCUCCCUUCACUGGACGAGCCGAAGGACGGUGUGUGGACGUGGCUGACGCUCUUUGCAGUGGACACCGCUACAGCGUUUAUAUUGGUAGUGCCGCACAUUAUACUUUUUGCGGUUGAGCCAAUUAUGUUCAUUAUAUUCUUCUUCUUCCAGCCAGUUCGACGGCCUGAUGAAGAGAAUGUGAGCGGGUAUGUUGGAAAGCGGCUACUCCUUCAUCAGGAGUAUCUCAAAGAGAGCCCCUUUCGCUACACAGCGGGGAGUGGAUCGAGGUUCAUUCAUAUACGUCUCAUGUCGCUUCUGUACUACAAGACGCAUUCUGAUCUCACAACAAAGCAUCUGGUAAAGUCGCAGCUUGAUGAGGACAACUACCGCGUUUUUCCGUUAAUUGAGGUCCUUGAUUACAUCUCAACCGAGCCAGUAGAUCAAAACGCCCAGAUACGUCCAACACGGAGCCGAGGCGCCAGUGUGGUUUCCUCCACAACCUCCCGUUUUGACGGAACAAACGACCGCGACGGUGGUGACGCUGAUGACGAUGACGAUGACGAUGACGAUCAUGAAGGUGUGAAUGGACGGAAACCACUGUUGCGACGUCUCACAGAGGUGGAAACAGACGAGAACAACAACACACACUCCCGUGACUACGGUAUCAAUAAUGAUGAUGGAAGCGAUACAAGCAGAGAGGAGGAGUUGGCAGACUUUUGCCUCGGCUCCACACUUGUCCUCAACCCUGAUUCCAUGCAGAAGGCGAGGAAGAAGAGGCGGGCGACGGACUUGCUGCGGAUGCCAUUCGCCGGCUCGCCCACAUCCACAAUGUGCCGUGAGAGCGACGAUGAGAGGAGCAAUGGGGUGAAUGGCAAUCCGAGGGGUGAAGGUAUAGGGACGGUGUUCCGCUUUCCAAAGAGGGGGUUCCUCAACAUGAUUAAAUACGGCAACUCAGCGUCGGACCGCAGUGAAGAAAGCGAUGCCGACAAUGUAGCUGAGACCGACGACAAUGGGGCGCUUAAAUCAGGCCGAACACCGGUGCGCUCGGAGGCACGCGUGUGCCUCUCCCACCUCACCAGUACACUCCGUGGCGGUGACUCCUCCGCAGCAAGCAAUCCAUUGGCCACCACUAAUACGUCUGUUGACACUACUAAGCCUUUCUCUCGUGCGCGGUUGUGUCUGGAGAAUUUGGACCGCGCGGGAAAACAUUCCAUGGAGCCGUCAGUCCAUCCUCCCCGGGGCGGCAAGUCUGGCGCUCCACCGCGGCGUUCAAGGGAGGCCAGAGAAUGGCGACAUCAGCAUGCAAACCCAGACUUCACCCCUGAGUGUGAGGAACCACUGCUCCAAGCCCUUCAGGGGCUUUAUUUCGCUCUCAUUUCUAAUAAGGCAACUGACGUCAGUGCAAGUGCGACUGCUGCAUUGCGUGUCAAGAAGGCUGCGGUGGAUAGUUGUCUCACGGACCUAUUCCUAGAAUCGAAAGCAGACCGUCUCGCGCUGGAGAGCGUGAGCUGCAAUGAGCUUUGCUGCAUGGUUGUGGAGAAGAUGGUGAAGGACGGCGACAACGAGUCUAAUCCUCUAACUGCAGGAAAUGCUACAUUGGUGGAGAAACUGCUGCUACGCCUUGAUGCAACCCCAAUUAUCAACACGAUUUUGUGCAACGGCCUCCUUGAACACUGUGUACUGAGCGGUUACACGGAUAUGUUUGCCGUGAUUCUGACCCCAGUGUGCGUACAGGACAUGGAGUUAAUUCACUGGGAAAGCCUCCUGCAAGCAUUUAGUUUGGAGUCUGCACCUGGGAAGAUAGACUCCUUACGUAUUCUUCUAAAGGCGUCUAGACACGCCGUGGCCAAGAACAUUCUUCGCGAGAUCCAGCCACUCCUCCAGGCUGCAGUACGCUCCACGCUCAUAUCAGAGGCAUCAAUGUUGUCGCAGAGUGCGUUGGAGGAGUUCCUGCGGAUGAUCAAGGGCAGCGAACAUUUACACUUAGACUUCUGGCGUGUGGAGGGUGAGGAUGGCCAGACAAUAUUCUCCAAGGCGUGUGCUGUCGGGGCUAUUCAGCUUGUCGAAACAUUGUGGUCCUUGGGGCUUGUGUCGAACCCCAACCGUGUACAGAGCGACGGGAGCAAUGCCCUCAUGCAAGCCGUGGUGCACGAGCGCAAAGAGGUGGUUGAGUGGUUCUGCGCGUCCUCAAGCGGCGUGACGCGGGAGAGCUUUCUCUACCGCAAUCCGGAACGCCGCCGGGCGGUCGAUAUUGCCGCCCUCAGCGGCCUGCAGGGAAUGCUCAAGGAAGUGAUGAACAGGAUAUCUCAGCUCGACGCGCGUGGACCGCUCAGGAAAUCGCCUUCAAAGCCACCACGCGUGUAA